AUGGAUGAGUUCAGCUCGGAAAUUUCGAGGCCAUGGAACAUGUACACAGGAGGCUCAGAACCUAGUCCAUCCCAGGUUGUUGUUCACAGAGGUGGUUCUGAUUCAUCAAUGAAUGCUGUUUCUUUUGGGUUUCUAGCCACAGCCAUUCUAAUGUGUCUGUUUCUCAUCAUGGCUAUAUUUGAGUAUCUGUUCAGCACUGCAGGCCCGGAUUCGUUAUCUUCACCCGACGACCAGACAGACAUCGUAAACUUAGAAUCAGGAACCAGACAUAAACUUGGGACUUCUUCAUUAACUGAGUCGAUAUCCCACACCGUGUUGAUGCCAGGCCAGAAGUACCCAACAUUCAUUGCCCAACCUUCCCCUCUCCUCCCUUGCCAAAGAGAAAGUGCUGAUUGGCCAUCCCAUGAAACAUCAUAGCUUUUCUUUUCCUACCCCUAAUUAUCAGUAUUUGUUGUACUGUAGAACAGUGAACUGAUAACCAAUUCUUUGAGAA